CCAGUCAGUCCGCGAGGACGCCAGCGGUGCGAGACUUCAACGUUUUGCGGUCAACCUCGACCUCGCGGAGGACCGGUUGUGUUUGUGUGUGCGCGAUCGGCGCUGUCACGCCGUUGUACGGAAACCGGCUACUGCCCGCACGUCGCGGCCUUCUGGGCGCAUGUGUUCUCGUGGAUGUGUGUAGUGGUGAAGGAACGCGCCGACGACACCCGAUGCCCAAGGAAGCCAACAUGCGUAAAAUCCACUUCGUGAUAUAUGUGCGCCACGGCAUGCGCAAGCCGGACAUCCUAAGCGUGAUGGAGAACUACCGGCAGACGACGCUGAGUCGGCUAACGGCAUGGUGCCUGUGGUUCGGCCACCUCAUCUUACACCCGACCAGCGCCUGGAGAUCGAGCACGCUGUGGCACAAAGUGCAGCUGUUCUUCUGCUACAUUCUCAGCUCUAUAUUUGUGGGCUACCACGAGAAGAAGACGCUCCUCGACUGGGUCAGGAGCCGCGUGAAAAAUUAUCCCGUACCGGACAACUUCUCAUCGGGAUGGAAGGACGGCAUCCUGCUGUGCGCGCUGCUCGAUUCCAUGUACCCAGGUUCCUGUCCUCGCUACGACCUGCUCAACGCAGACAACUGCAUCAGCAACGCGCAGUUGGCCUUCUUUCUGCUGGAGAAGCACACGCCCAUUAGACCGGAAAUCACCGCGGAGGAGCUUGCCGAAGGCAACCCGAGCAUUGAAAAAGCUGUGCGCGCCAUUGUUUCCCGGCUGAAGGUGAUCUCCGCCAAGGCUCAGCUGCAGCAGGCGCUGGGCAAGCGACCUUCCAUAAAAGAUGACGGCGGCGACGACUCUAGCAGCCUGGUGGCACGGAAGAACUGCUUCGCCAAGGGCAUGGGCCUCAUCCUCGCCGUGCGGGGACGCAAGGCCAGCUUCAACGUGUUCACCAAGUCCACCAGCAACUUCUGCAUCGUUGUCGAGAUCCGUGGCCCCGACAACACAGUCUGCAAGGAAAUCAUCACCAACAAAUCGCCGCGACGUAAGGUCACCGCGAGCAGCCGCGAGGCCGACAAAAGUGCACCUGAUGGAGCUGGUCAGGACGACAAGAAAAUCCUGAUUGAGUACGACAUCCAGCCGGGUCUGGUGGCCGUCAAGUACACGCCCCUUCUCAAAGGCAAGCACCAGUUGAGUAUCAUCUGGCACGGACAGCACCUAGCUGGAAGCCCGUUCACGGUGAACGUGGACGACUCUACCGACUACGCGGACGAGUUGCUUCUCCAGCGGCAGGACUCGGCCGAUUCGCAGAGCUCCGACAAAGAUUACCCCGCUCCAGCGAGCCCCACAUCGGCGGCGCAGCUCAAAGGAAAGGUCAAAAGGCGCCGUGUCCUGCGCAGGAUCGUCAACGUUAACGGCCAGGACAUCGUGAUCGAAGGAGACGACAAGGACAAGCUUUUUGAAGUCCUCCGGUCCUUGUCGUCCAACGUGUUCAGGCAGAACGGAAGCGACUAUAGCUCUGGACGCGAGAAGCGCACCAUUACGUCAGCCGACGGUACGCGAGUAGCCAAGCCUUUCUUUUCACCCCUGAGCAGUCCGGAGUCGUCCCCAGACACCUACAGCUGCGUGGAUUACGGCAGCAAGUCCCUGUGGGAGCGGUCCAAGCACGUUCCUUCUAAGCUCGCGAUGCCGGAGAUUAUCGUCUCCUCGUGUAGCCCGCAUGCGAGCGAAGAAGAGCGCACUCCGGAGGUUGUCGCCGAUGCUUCGGCUGAACGGCGUUGUCCAGAUGGACUCGGCGGAAGAGCAUGCCCGAAUGUUUCAUUAAGUGGCAGAGCUUCUCCGUGUGGAACAGUGUCCCCGAGUGGAACCAUCACACCGAGCGGAAGAGUGUCCCCCAGUGGGACCAUCACUCCCAGCGGGAGGGUGUCGCCCUGCGGGAGGACUUCCCCGAGCACAUUUCCCGAGGUCAGCGAGCUAGACGAGCUCUCUUCCGGCUCACUGAACUCUUCAAGCGGAGGAAGCAGUGCUGCGCGUGCACUCUUUGUGAGCGACAUGUUGCAUCAAGAGACAGCGGUGUCCUACACUGAGACAUCGCACGAGCUGGAGGCAGCCACACAUCUGCCCUCAUUGGGCGAAGGCGGCGAUGUAACCUUCGUCGGAGCGGAGUCGCCUGUACUGAACGAUGACCUUCCGGACUGCACCGGGCACAAGCAGCUGGAAAGAACCUUAUCAAUCAUAUCAGAAGAGAGCGACAAGCCGCCAUCCGAUCAAAUGGAGCCGCCAGAAUCGGUGGAUGUCGCGGACAAGUUCGACACCCCGCCUUCGUACGAAUAUGCCGCUGAGGAAGCAGACGAUGACCCCGAGCCUAGUCAGCAGCAGCCUGACGAGGAUGCCUUCGGCAGCCGUCCUGUUCCUUCUGAAAGGCACAGCCGAAUGUCAGUUCUCGAAAGAGCGAGAUCACUCGAAAGUGCGUUUCCUCAACAGUCUACCAUACAGAGGCACUUAUCUCAGUACGACGUGUCGUCGUCUCAGCAAGCUCCGUUGUCGAAACUAGACGAGUUAUACCUCGACACAGUGAAGCUAAAGCAAUUCUUCACCGAAAACUUCAAGAAGACAAUACAGACAAGCAGCACUACACACACCUUCACCUCAUCAAGCGAUCGCGACGAGUUCUUGUCUGUGAGGGACAUGGUCAAAGUGUGGGAACAUCGGCAAAGCCCGAGCCAGUGCGGUAGCCCGGAGCAGGUCAGCCUACGCGGCGACGCCAGCAACGGACGACAGGGCGUCGACAGAAGGUUUAGAGUAACACAGGUCGCAGCUUCCAGUAAGGAGAACGAACCGGAUUUAGUCAAAGACGCUAUUCUACCACAAGCCGCGCGUCGUCAGGCCUCUGUGGACGGUGGCGUCGGGUCCAGCGGUCAGUCGUCAGAAGACAAAGGUACGCGCGGGAUAGAUAAGUCGCCGUCGUCGUCAUGUUGACUCUGUUGUCCCACGGUGCAAUGUGCAGUGACAUAAUGUUCGUGUACCUGUGUGUUCUGUGUGUUGGUACUCAAGUUUUCUCGUGCCAACGUUGUAACUGUCGUCUCGGUGUCUUUUCGUCUGUGUUCGCUAAGCAGAGAACUCCCGCCUCAUUGAACGGGCUGUGCAUUUAUCUAAGUCAAGAAGAGAAGACAAAUGAGACCACAACGUCGCUUGCUGCCCGUAGGUGUGUGAUUGUCCGCCACUUCCUGGCAAGGGACGACCACAUCAAGUGACCUAGCGCUAUCCAACAAGCGGCAGCGCAGAUGCAACACCCAGGACACCCUCCGGCUUCCCGACGAUCUCCACGGCAACACGCGUCGUCCACCAAAGGAGCUGGACAGUUCAAUGGUCCAGUGCGGCUCCGACGAGAGAGACCGAGGUUCUGCCAUCGUCCGUUGCGGCAUUAACAGCACCAGUAGCAGCACCGCACACUCCACGAUGCGACCAGUCAGCCCGACGCAAGUCGCCUUGCGAAAGCGGGAUGCCGACUCUCGCAACAACCACCCACGACAACGCGAGCCUUACCAGAAAUAUUCGUACGAAUUUUGGUUUGGCCACUACAAUAGCGAAGAAGGGGUCGAGGGGUGCAGCCGCGGCACCGAGGGCGCCGACCGAGCUCGUCAGACGAGGAGGCAUCCUUCGAUGGCAGCAAGACGCCGGUCUGACGAAGACGUUUCCGAAGACGACGAUGUCGAAUCCGAAGACGGCAGCUGUGGCUGUUCCUCGUGCGACUAUGGUUCGGAAUUCAUCGACGACGCAUUGCACGACUGUUCCCUGAUCAUGGACUCCUACGCCUCGUUCGAGCUUGUCAAGUCUUCGAGCGACGUGGUGGGCGGCCUCUACUACAACGUCAGGGAGCGAGACGACGAGCUGUUCGCCGAGCCGACUUCUCGACCCGAGAAGUGCGUGGCUUCAGGCGCACGGCUCUACUUCGGACAAGUCGGCGCCGAAAACCACUUCCAGGUCUGCACGAAGGAUGCCGGCAAGGGACCCCUCGCGGUCAGUGUGCUCGGUCCCAACGCCGACUCCGUCAUAAAUGUUUCGGUCACUUACUGCGGCCAGGACAAGUAUACAGUCAUGUACAAAGUCAUCGAGCCAGGAUACUAUAUCAUCCACAUCAAGUGGGCCGAGUGGCCCAUACCAGACAGUCCAGUGAUGUGCGAAGUGACUGCGUGAGCCCAUGGCGCGCACCGGACGCUUUCGGAACAGCAGAGACGCAGCGAGCACUGGUCAACGCCGCAGUAUUUCUCAGAGAACUGCUUUACAAGAAUGUGUACAUGCGCCGUUUGGGUCUACUACGUUCAUCGUGCAGCGAAAGAGUUGCUUGUGCAGUGUACAGAAACUCACGAUCACGAAACUAAUUUAUUGCGAGUCACUCGCACACAUCACUUCACAUCCAUCAUUGAUAAAUAAAGCAUUCA